UCUCUCUCUCUCUCUCUCUCUCUGUGUCUCUCUCUCUCUCUCUCUCUCUCUCUGAGUCUCUGUCUCUGUCUCUCUCUCUGUCUCUCAUAUUCCCCCUCAGGCCUUUGAGGACCUCAGUAAGCUGAUGGUGAAGGCGAAGGAGAUGGUGGAGCUGUCCAGGUCCAUCGCCAACAAAAUCAAAGACAAGCAGGGAGACAUCACAGAGGAUGAGACUAUCCGGUUCAAAUCCUACCUGCUCAGUAUGGGUAUAGCCAACCCCGUUACCAGGGAGACGCACGGCUCAGGUACCCACUACCACCUACAGCUGGCCAAGCAGCUGGGAGACAUUCUGCUGGCACCACUAGAGGAGCGUGGUGGGAUGAUGGCUCUGACUGAAGUGUACUGUCUGGUCAACAGAGCUAGGGGAAUGGAGCUGCUGUCUCCAGAGGAUUUGGUGAAUGCCUGUAAGAUGUUUGAGUCGCUGAAGCAACCACUGAGGUUGCGUAUCUUUGACAGUGGUGUGAUGGUGGUUCAGCUGCAGUCCCACAGUGAGGAGGAGAUGAUCUCCUCGGCCCUGGACAACGUAAGAAUCACAAUCACUUUUAUUCACCAAGAACAUUUACCCAGAAUGACACAGUGAGUUGGUGCUGCUAGU